GGGUGAGCGGGAGGGGAGGGCGGGAGGCGGCCGGGGCACCUCGGCACCUCGGCCCCUCGGAACUGGGAACGAGGGGGCGGGAGAAACGCGGGAGACAAAGAGGUGCGCGUCGCGCUCCUCACCCGGACGGGCUCCGCGAGGGCGGGGGCCACGCGCAGGCCGGGGACGAGUUUGGCCUCGGCCCAGCACAGCUGGCCGUCAGGAUCCGACCCCGCCUUUAGAGCAGACAGGUCCCCCCUGCAGAAGUUCGUGCCGCCUCGGCAGAGGAAAAACACCAGAACGCGCUCAGCCCACGCCGAUUUCGUCAGCAGUCUGCCCCCGGUGAAGUUGGAAUCCCCCGCCCCGCUGAUGGCGGAGGCCGGCGGGGCCGACGGGCGGUGCCCGAGCGGACCCUGUGACUCAAGGUUCUCCCUCGCACCCGCUCCCGCAGCUCGGUUUACUGGACGCGCAGGUGCACUGGGCUCCGGGGACUCCAGGGUUCUAUGAAUAGAACAACAUUGGAAUGGCUUAGAUCAUAAUGUUCCAUCACCAGGGUAACGUUCCAAUAGGCUGAUGCAAACCAGUGGACUUCAAAUAGGCUUCGGGUUGCUGUACAGUAAAGUUCUAAAAUUUUGGGAACAGAUCUAAGCUCAACCUUCACCGUGGAGCCAAGCCCAGUCAGACCUUUAAGCCAGAAGCCAAGUUCUCAGGACAGUAAGAAUCACUUGAUGUUUAGUUUGUCAGCAUAAUGACUUCCAAGAGAAGAACCAGUGAAAUAAUUAGAAAGCUCAAAGAAGGCAAACGCUGUCUCCUGGAGGAGAUCAAUGAAAAGCGUGAAUCCAACUGCCUUGUGGAAAGAAGCAAUCAAGUCAGUUUACUGAGAGUUCAAAAGAGGCAUUUCAGUGGUGCAUACACGUCUUCUACUCACACCCAAAGCAGAGAAUCUGUCCCUGAUAGUGGCAGGAGCUCCUGGGUCACACUGAGUCUCCUUGUUCACACGGAGAAAAGGCACUUUCCCCCCAAAAGUAAUGCCAUAUUUGGAUAAAGUGCAUCUCCAGAGACACAGAACUAUAUUCCCUUUGAUCCUUCUCUAAUGUCUGAAUAUUAAUUAUUAAAGAAUUAAAAAAAAUUCACUGGCUCACCAAGAAAACAUUAUAUUGUCACAUAAAACACUUCUUUUUUUAUUCCAUCCCAUUAUUUAGACUUGGAUGUUCUGAGGAGGUUCUGAGUGGUUAAAGAUAGACUCAAAGAUGAAUGACCAAAAAGUUCACUUUACAGUGAUCUUCUCUUCUGUAAGCUAAAAAAUUUUUUUUUAAGUUUAAGUAAUCUCUAUACCCAACAUGGGUCUUGAACCCAUGACCCCAAGAUCAAGAUCUGCAUCCUCUUCCAACUGAGCCAGCCAGAUGCCCCAACCUAGAAUGUUUAAACCGCUUGUUUCUGAAAUUAGUAGAAUGUAAUCCCACUCAGUCAAGUUAAAGACUAAAGUUUCUCAAAGUUAACACUUGCUUCUAUUGCUUAAUUGCGUUAACUUACUCUGUUGAGGCUACGAUUUUGAUAAUUUAAAGUACAUACUUGAGAAGAUAAUCUAAGGUGCCCACAGAGACUUUUGUUUUAUUUUAUUGCCCAUCCCCAAAGUGGACAUUGCUAGAGUCAUCUCGUGGCUAAACCCCAUUUGGCUACCAUCACCACUGUGUCCUUGUUUCCUGGAUAGUGGGCGAUUUUUCAAUUUAACCUGGUAUGUGUGUUCCCAGUUGCAGUCUGAGGUCAUAGCCUAUCCCAUUUGGUAAGCCAAGCACUGCCUGGCUUCUUGGCAUUUGUUUUUACAUCAGUGAAAUAUUCACCUUGUAUUUCGUUGCCCUUUGGCUCCACAAGCUUCAUAAGCUAGAACAUUUUCGUAUUAGAAGGGAUAUGGAGCAUUCAUUUGGCCUAAAAUCCUACCUCAGCUAGGACUGCACAAGUGCCCAGUAUGGAUAAGAUUCAUUAACUCUGAGGGUAUGUUAAAAAAAAGAGCCAGGCCCCAAACUAAUUUUUUGCUUCUCAGAAGGCAAACACCUAGUGUCAAGAGCUAGGAAGGUUAGUCUACCACGGCUUCGUGAGCUUUGACAGAAGGCAGAAGACUCCUAGCUCUGAGGCAAAGGACUUUAUUACUCCCACCAUAGCAAGUAGCCCCAGCCUCAUGUUUAGGAGGGUCCCCCUUGUCCUCCCCCAACCCCUCCAUGGCAAUCAGGAACUGUCCAGAUAGAUGCCACACACACAGGUUUUGCCUCACACCUGAGGUUUCUCUGAGCUUAAGACACCCAACCUUUACUGUACUGGAUCGCAAAUAAACCUGCCUUCUGUUCCAGUGAGACAUUUCUGCCAUCCAAGAUCCUUGGCUACAAGCAUCCUUGAAGAGAAAGUCUGGAACAAAAGCUGUCAGUGCCUCUGCUCCGAAGGCAAGCAGCAAU